UUGAGCGGAGACAGAAUGAAAUACAGAGCAGGGUUUCUGACAGUGGUGUGCGCCUGGAUGGUGAUUCUGAUUCAAAGAUUGGAUGCAGGACAUGCACCAAAGAAACACGCCGCUGGUGUUUCAUGCAGACUGAAGGAGCUGACGGAGCUCACCAGAAGUCUGGUUAUAGAAAGCUUGACAGGUUUUGACGAAGCCAAUGGGGAUCACCUGGGUGCUUGGCCCCCUGGCUUCCCUGAGCUCCAGGUCCAAGCGAACUCAACUCUCAAUGGGUCAAAAGUUCAGUGCAGCUUCCUCUUCAUGGCUCAAGGCCUGAAGGAAGUCCUGGACGACCAGAAGAACAACCUCAAUCCCAAAGAUGUUUCACUUCACGAUAAGCUCACCCGCACCAUCUCCAAGGUCAACUCGCUCACAGCGUGUGCGAAGAAUAUUCUCGGAGGGGAAUGCUCCCCGAAGCCACCCCCAGCCAAAAUGCCCACGCAUGCUUUUGAUAGGAAGCAGUGGAGUCACACUCUGUUGAAGACAGCCAGCGGCUAUCUAGACUGGUUUGGGGUCCAAAUUUCCAAGGUCAAGAAAACGAUAAAACGUAAAACUGAAGGAAACCUUCAGAAGUACUUAGAGGGGAGUGGAUAUCUCUUGUAACCAGUUUAUGAGGCAAGGUUCCAGUUAAAGGCAGCUUUUUUGUUUUUUAAUGGUGAAAGAUUUGUUGAUGCUUAUUUGUAAUGCA